AUGAAAAAAAAAACAAUGAAAAAAAAUAAGCUAGUAAAAAAACAGUCUGAACAAUCAUCUAAUGAAAAGGAAAAUAUUUGGGCAGAUGAACUGAAGAAAAGAAAACGAAAUAAAGAUAAUACCGAGGUAGAACCAAAUAUGAAGAGUAAUAAAAAAGGUCUUGAUAAGGAUCAAAAUAAAGAAAAACAUGAUAAAAAAAAAUACGAUAAAAAUAAUAAAAAAUUAUCACACACAUCCUCCUAUAGUACAAGUGUUGAUAUCUCUACAAUAAGUGAGUCAUUAAAUUCCUUUGAUAAGGAAGAUAAAAAGAUGAGGAGAAAUAAAAAUCAUAGUCAAAGUACAGAUAGCAAUACUAGCAAAUCGAAUUCUUCAAUUGAAAUGGAAAAAAGACAAGAGAACGAGGACGGACCAAACAUAAACAUCAAUAAAGAAAAGGAAUUUUAUAAUAAUAUUUUAAAUAAAAAUAAAAUGGAUGAUAAAUCAAAUUUAGUAAAUUUUUCAAAAUUUGAAAAAUAUCAUAAAUCAGAAAGUAGUGAAAAAAGUAAUAAUGAUAAAGAAAAAAAUUUUAAAAAGGAAAAAAAUUUAAGAACAAAUAUAAAUUUAGAAUAUAUAAAAAAAAAUAGAGAUAUAUUUGAAGACAAAAAAAAUAGUAAUUAUUAUGAAGAAAAUAUAUCCCCAUCAAAAGAUAGUAAUAAUAAAACUAAAGUUACAAAACAAAUUAAAAAAAAAAAGGAUAUAAUAAAACAUGGACCUAUAAGUAACAGUUGCAGUAGUCGAAAAAGUAUCAAUAGUUAUGAUAAACUUGAAAGGAAAAAAAAAGGAAAAAAUCAGACAAAGGGAAAUGGAAAAUAUAAAAAAAAUGCUAUUUCUCAAAAUUAUGAUUUACCGAAGAAAGGGUUUUCAUUAAUAUGGAGUCUUAAAAAAAUGAAAAAUUCACAUCAAUCUGCUAAAGAUGAUAUAGCAUUUGAAGCACCCGAAAAAAAUAAUUAUAAUGAAAUGGAUCAUGAUAAUGAAAAUAUUAAAAAACCAAAACAGUCUUUUUUUAAAAAGUUUUUAGGAGUUAGUAAAGUUAAUCAACAAAAAUAA